AUCUAAUCUUUAAUCUGAAAAUUUGAUUUCCGGUGCUUGAAAAAUAAGAAUUACGUAAAAUACGCAUUAUUAUGGGAAAUAAUUCUUUUAAAUUCUUUAAAAAAAAUAUAUUACACAAUAUUUUUGGAAGACAUUUUUGUCCCCUCUCCUCGCACCGAAUUUGAUGAAUUUAAAUAUAGUCAAACAAGCAAUGUACGAAAGUGUAUUGCUCUAGGCAGUUUUGUGAAUAGUAUAAUGAAUAUUUAUGAUUAUCGUAUACAUUAAAUUUUAAUGUAGCAGAUUUCCAAACUCUAGUUUGAAAUUGACUUUCAUAUCGACAACAUUUUUUUUUUGUUAUAGAAAAAAAGGAAAUAAAAAAAAUAAAUUUAAUUUUCAAAGUUUUGUGAAGAUAUUGAUGAAAUAAAAUAAUUUGAAAAUUUUUCAAUUUAUCGAAAAAAAGAGUGUCAUUUACAUAAACUCAUUCUCGUGUAGGUAGAAACUAAAUACACUUCGGAAAUUAAAAACAAAAAAAAAAAUUGUGAAGAUUAAUCUGGUUAAUUCCAGAAAAUGAAUUUGCAGCAUUUAAAAAUUUUACACUAUUUAUUGUUGUUAUUAUUAUUUAAUUACUCAGACAGUGUCAGUUUUCCACAGGAUCUUUACGAACAAAAAAAUUUCCUAGAAGGAGAUACGUGUUAUUUAGAAGGUGGAAUACGAGGUGUUUGUAAGAAUAUACUUAAUUGUAUGGAAAAAAUUAAAGAAACUAGAGAAGGCAAAAGAAAUCAUUUAUCUAGUGAUCAUUGUAGUUUUAAAAAUCGAGACGAAAUUGUUUGUUGUCCUAUAAUUAUUGAUACAUCAAAUACUGAAAAAUUGAAUUAUUUUAAACCACAAGAGGAAAUUGAUUGUUGUCCUUCAACAAUCUCUAAUACAAUUAAACCUAGAAUUGCAGACAAAGUUUGUGUUGAUUUGGAAAAUGGCGGGAAAGUAUUAGUUGCACCAUAUGUUGUGAAUGGUAUUGUAGCAAAUUCAAAUGAAUUUCCAUUUAUGGUAGCUUUAGGAUAUGAAAAAGAGAAUGCAAUUAAAUAUCUAUGCGGUGGUAGUUUGAUUUCAACAAAUUUUGUUCUAACUGCUGCUCAUUGUAUAAUAAAUAUCAAUAACAACCAACCAGUUGAGGUUCGAAUGGGUUCGGAAAAUUUAAAUGAUAAUUCCGUCAAUGUACAAAAAAGAAAAGUGGAUAAAAUGUAUCCACAUCCUGAUUUUAAUAUUGGAACACAUUAUAAUGAUAUUGCAUUAUUGAAAUUAAAAGAUUCAAUUCACCUUACUGCAAAUACAAAACCAACUUGUCUUCAGUCAAAUAGUAUUUUUAAUUUGGAUGCAAGUAAAUUUUUUAUUGUGGCUUCUGGUUUUGGAGCAACAGGUUUUGAAAAUGAAGGCUCGGAUAUUUUAAUGAAAACUGCAAAUUUAAGCUUAGUAAAAAAUUCACAAUGUAACACAAGGUACAAAGGACAAAGAAAAUUACCUCGUGGAAUUGAUGAUAGUAUGCUUUGUUAUAUAGAUCCCAAAAAGAAGAGUCGAUCAGACACUUGUCCCGGUGACAGUGGUGGACCAUUGAUAAUGGUUAAUGAUAAUGAUUAUUCAAUGAAACUUUUAGGUGUAACUUCAUUUGGAGAAUUUUGUGGUGGUUCUGCGCCUGGUGUUUAUACGGCAAUUUACAAUUAUUUAGAUUGGAUUGAAUCCAUCGCCUGGGGAAAUUCAUCUCCAUUUUAUUAAAAAAAAAAAAAAAAAAACAAAAACAAAAACAACUUUGGUAAUUAUUAUUAAUUGAUUUCAAAAGUUAAAUAGAAAAAUAAUUAAUUAAGUUUAAACAUUAAUUAAUAUAUUAUAUAUAUGAUUUUUAAGAUAAAUAACAUGAUAAAAAACAUUCAAAACAAUAUUAUUAUCUGCUAUCAAGAUAUUAAAAAGGAAAAA